GUUAAUCACUUACAGAAUUUUUUACUCUUAUGCUUAUACCAAUUAAAGAAUUAUCUUACCUAUUGAUUACUCUGCAUAUAGUGUGUGAAUAUGUUUGUUAAAAUCGAGUUUAACAACAAUUUGAAGUGGAUUUCCGUUAACGUAGACGAGGCAACAUAUCAAACUUUUAUUUUGCAAGCUAUGCAAAAGUUCAAUAUCAAUGAUGUGGAUCCGAAUGAUGUGAUACUGUGUGACACAUCUGGAUGCCAGAUUGAAAACGAUGAUUUUGUCGAUUUCUUAAAAGGAGUAGAAAAGGGUUUUAUAUUUCGCAUUGUAAAUACUCGAAUAAAUACUGGUGCUGAUGCCAAUCCCUCUGCUCCAAGUAUUUCCAGUUCCAGCUCGACGAUUUCAGAGUCGACUACAAUAACUUUGAGUAGUGAAGAUAUAGUUACUAUCAACGAUUUGCAAGGAUUUAUUGUACCAACCUCGGUACCAAGUAGUUUUGAUAAAGAGGCCUUGCAAAACUUAUUAAUUCGCGUAGGAGCUACACAGAUUAUCACAGAAUAUGAAACAAAGAAACUUUUAACAAGAGGAAACCGAAGAUUGUUAGUGAACGUGAUUGUGUUAGAUAUGAUAGAAAAAUACGGCCAACAACCUUUAAAAUAUAUAAAGACUAUGUAUGCUAAAGCUAUUAUCGACCUCUUCCCGAAUUUGAGAGAUCCAUGCAGCAAAUAUGGCUAUGAAGCAUUUUAUAACCCCGACGAGCGAUCUGGGUACAUAGAUUGGCGUUUGAGAACUGUCAGAAGAUCUUCAAAAGAAAACAGGCCAGAAAUACCACAGAAAAAACCAAAACUGAAUGUUGAAGAGAUAAACCUUGAUAAUUUCCAAGAGGACAUUGACUAUUUAAAACACACCCAUCCUAAAGAUCCGGACCUAAUAGAGAAGUUCAAAGCGACAUUUUUGGCUAGACGAAAACUUUGCAACGAGACUAACAUCUUUCAAGAAUUUCCUAGGUUUUUAGACACUCCUGGACUGAUAUCUUUGGAUUUUGGAUUGCUGUAUCCCAACAAUGACUGCAUUAAUCUGGAGUUGCAAAUUUUGAAUAUAUCGGAAAAAGUUAAAAAUAUUUAUUGCAAUGAGAUAAACUCCGACAAUGAAUACCUAAAUCAAUUUGACGUCACAACUAAAACUUUGUUUAUGUUGAUCAAGUUGUUGCCAGCUACAUCCAAGGGACGCAAAAAGGCGGUGAACAGGGAAUCACUGCCAGAAAUUAGUAAAAGGCUUAUUGUAUUUAAAAAGAACAGUGAAUCACUCGAGGAAAUAAUUACUGCCAAAAAAACUAAUCAACCUUUUUUAAUCGCUUCUGGAUCUUCAGAGAAAGCGGUAGAUUACUACACUAUAUCGGUAGAUAAUAAGGUACUUGCGGUGGAAAGCAUUACUAAUUCUGGGCAAGCUUUUGACCUCCUUUUUAAAUCGUUUUUCGUUUUUAAUUUAACUUAUGACCCUACACUAGAAAUUUUCUAUAAAUUCAUUCAAGUGUUUUUUUACGGUAUAGACGAUAUUAAAAUCACGCCCAAUAUUAGAGAAUUGCGAUCAAAACUAUUAGCGCAAUAAUAAAUCUCGCCUUAUAAGCAAAUGCUAGUUUAUUUGAUUUUUGAUUUACUUAUUCCAGUACAAUGCUGGUUUGUUUUAAAUGUGCCAGUAAUUUUGAAUCUUUUCAAUUAUUGUCAAAGCAUUUAAGAAAACAACA